AUGCCAAUUACUCACCGUUGCGAGUUGACUAAGACUUCUGCCUUUGAAGUGUUUGAGUCACAGCCGAAGUGUUUUUGUUGUUUGUAUGACUUAAUUCGACCCUGGAUUACUAUAAACCAAACCCAUCCGAAAUGCCGGCAAUACCUCGUCAGUCUAGCUGCUGUAAAUAAGGAAAAGACACGGCAUGCAUCAGUAAAACAUUGGUGGACCAUUCACCCAUUUAGCAAAAUCAGACUCUACUGGGAAUUGAUAAUGACAAUUGUAUAUUUCAUUGCAUUCUUAACAAUACCUUUUCAAAUCUGCUUCGUUGUAUUGGAUUACAAAACAAUCGAUUUGGAUAAUUUGAAUUUAUUUAUAUACUUCUUAUGCUGGAUUGAUAUUAUACUCAACUGUGUCACUGGUUUUUAUAAUAAGAGCAAAGACCGUAUUAGUUUAGAUCAAGGAGCAAUAUUAAAGAGAUAUUUGAAGACCUUCAUGGUAAUAGAUGUACUUUCGUCUCUACCUUACGAUCGCCUAACAUUAUCGUGGCGAAAAGUUCCAGGACCUGAAAAUUCUCUUAUAGCUACACUCAUCAAUCUUUUACCACUGCUGAAACUAACUCGCUAUUUUACAUUUAAAUCUUAUCUUCGACAAAUAUUUUUGCAUGUAGGUAACGAGAAUGUUUCUUGUCAAAUGCUCUUAACGUUGUUGUUAUACGUGUACAUAGUUCACUGGUUUGCAUGUUUUUGCAACGUUACUCCUUUAAUCAUGAUGUACGCUCAGCACGAAAGCGUUGAUCAAAGCGAAGAUAGUUGGUUGGCUACAGACGAAAUUAAAGGAAUUGCUCAAAGAUACCGGCAAGCUCUUUUUAUCGUGCUUGAAAAUUUCACAGCAAGUGGCUAUGGCGGAAUAGAACCGCGAAGCGAGGGCCACAUUACAAUUUGCACAAUCUUAAUGAUUCUUGGAAGAUUGUUCGAAAGUUAUAUCACAAUAAUGUUGAUGCAGAUUGUAGCCGACAGGAAAUCUUCCGAGUCCAAGUACGAGCAAAUUGUCAAUCAGCUAUCAGCUUACGCUCGGCAAAAGCAGCUUCCUGCGUACAUGAAGCAAAGACUUUGGGCUUAUUACCACUAUCGCUUCCGAAAUAGUUAUUUUCGCGAGAAAAAAAUUUUGAUCAAUUUAUCAGAUGCGUUGAAAGAAGAAGUUACUUUACACGCUUGUCGGCGUCUCGUCGAGAACGUCGAAAUUUUCCAAGAGCUGCCGAAAAACGUUUUAACCCAAAUCGUUACUAAUUUGAAGCCAGAGUUGUAUUUAGAAAGAGACAUGAUUAUAAGAGCGGGAACUCAAGGAGAUUGUAUGUUUUUCCUAUCUAGUGGAACAGUUGUGGUUCUCACACCUACUGGAAAAGAAGUAUGUCAUUUGGAAGACGGUGCACACUUUGGUGAAGUGGCGCUACUGGUGCAGGAUCAGCGUCGAGUAGCCAGCAUAGUUGCUGUUGAAGUUUGUGAAGUUUAUCGUCUCGACCGGAAAGACUUUCGCAAGUUUAUUACAGUUUAUAGCGAUUUAUACGCGAAAAUCGAGCAAAUUGCCACCGAGAGAAUGCAGCGUACCGUAAUGAUUGAAGAACAACACAAGCGUUUCAAUAUGCUUGCCAGAAGAGCUACCAUUGCUCUUCCGCAAAUUAAAAAAAAUUAGGGAAGUAGUCAUGUCUAA